UGACGCAUGGGAGUGCUACAGCAUUGUGCUACGUGGAAAUGAAUAGAGGACGGUUCAAAACAUCCAUUAGAUUGUUAAUGUAGCAAAGAUCUGUACCGAAUAAUGCGUAUUCAAGAGCCAUAAAGUAGGAGAACCCUUCAUUCUGAGAAGCUUCAGGUGCACUUAGCCUUCUCGGUGGAGUUGUGUGAAAGACAAAAAAUAAAGACUAAAUCUUGUGGCACAAGCUCGUGAAAGUGAAGGAUCGUUUGUCCAGAGCUCAACGACAUAUCUGUUCAUCUGACCGUGAGCCUCCGUGAUUCCGAUCAAACGCCAAGAUGACGAACGUGAAGCAGCUGCACAAGGUUCUGGCUCUCGCGAUGGUGGCGGUGGUCGCAGCGAUGAGCAACACGAGAACAGCAACCGCGUUGUCGGCCGGACCAGGCUGUCUCCAUGUACCGAGAGGAUAUGCUCCUUCCGCAGACGCGAAGAAUGCAAUUCAGGAUCUCCUGGACAGUCCGAACCAAUGCUGCAAAAAGGAACUCGAUCAAUUCUGCUCGCCGGUGGCCAGCUCGGGCGACGCUGAACUGUACGUCUGCGGCUGCAACCUGUUCUGCGUGCCUUGCAGAGUCGCCGGAAGCUACCUGAGCAGCGUCGUGAACUCGUGCGUCGACAACGAUAAGAUACAAGGCUUCUUUUCCCUCGACGGCACCUCAUGCCGCAUGUUGUACGUCAACAGGCUCGGAACUUGGCGCAGCAUCAAACCCAUUCGCAAAGCACUAUCGUCGUUCGAUGUUGGCGCUCAGACCUUAUAAAUUGUCACGUAUUUCUAUCUAUCGAGGGUGGGCUGGUUUCAUAAGAUUUUUUGUAAAUGGACGAGCGUUUGUGCCCUAAGUCUGUCAAAACCACUAAAUUUUUACUAAAAGGGGUUCCCCGUAGCUACCAAUGGUUCAGGCGCCGGAAGAGGGAGAAAAGUUGACGCAAAUGCAAAGUUUCCGUCUUGCGGACGUAAUGGAUAGAAGAGCGAACCGCAAAUGAAAGGGAAGAGGAUUGAUGUGCUCGGAAUCCGAAAGAGGGCCGUCGUCUGUGUGUAAGAGGAAUGAAAAAGUUAAUAUGACUCCACUUGCAGAGUCCCCAAAGUUCAGCGGUUGAGUCACCGGCGUCAUACAGUGGCUCAGUCUGGCCUCCUGUUGUCAUUGAGUUGUCAUAUGGAAUUUUCUGAUGUACGCUGCCACUGUUAUGCGUUCUAGCUUGGCCACGGUCCAGUUAACGGUUAACCGCUCCGGAAAAUGUGUGGACCGGUUUACCGGUCCAGGAUUGGUCCGUAUCGGUUAACCUAGAUGUUAACCGGUUCACCAUCGGUCCGGACCCCUACGUGGCCGAGGGGAUUUGGCGAUGGCGGAGGGAAAGAAUCGUUGGGUCGCGGUGGCUGAUAUUGAAGGCCACGAGCAUAAUCAGGUCCCUGUAGAGGCAGCAUUUUAUCAGCACCCUUUCGUCCUCCUGGCACUCGAAGAACUCGCGGUCGUAGAAGAACUCCAAAAACAAAACCCUAGACAUAAUCUUGAAUAAUUUUUUCCAUCCUUAUCUUAAAAAGUUGGGGCCUCACCUCAAGGGAAAGAGGUGGAUCGAAGGAGAGAAAAGUAGGUUGGAGAUAGCCCGUUGAUAGGGCUCGUUUUUAUUUCCUCAUUCAGGUGCGUCCACAUAACUUGACGAAAUUUUUUACGUGAUCUUUACUUCAA